AUGCAAUACCAACAAAUUCCUGAACAACCUCAAUACACCCAACAAACAGGAUACCAAACAGUCCCUCCACAAUACAACCCACAACCAUACAUUGUUCAACCCAAUGUCGACCAACAAGAAAUUAAAAGUAGUUAUAGUGGGAACAAUGAAAGUACUACAUCUGCUCUUUUGUUUGCGUUAGGAUUCUUGUGUUGUUGUGUUUGGUGUUAUGGGUGGUGCCAAUAUAGACAUUCCACAAAUGACCAAGCUCGUAUGUUUGCAAUCUUGUCAAUGGUCUUUUUCCUUGUUUCAACAAUCAUUAUAGUCAUAAGCAUUGGAUUUAGCUUUGUUAUGAUUUUUAUUAGUGUUGCAGCUGCUGCAGCAACAACCGUUGAUCCUUACUAA